AUGCCGCCACCGUACCACCUACCGCUUCUGUUUGUCUCCUGGGCGGCCUUCUGGGCCUGGCGGCCUCCAGGGCCUGCGAUUGUGACUGUCGCGUGCCUCCUGCUCACGCGUCUCCAUCUCGUUUGGCUUCUCUCUCGCUGUCUUCAAAGUUGCUACUUCUCUCUUUUUCCAGUCAAAGUUCCUCGUCGGCAGUUCACUGCUGUCCCCUCGUUCCGGCCUCCUCCCUCAUCGUUUCUCCCCGAGAAAAGACCCGGACCCGCAGCAGAGCGAGAGAACUCCCCCCUCGGUCGGCGUCCUCCGCACUCCGAAGACUCUCCUUCGGUGUCCGCUUCUUCCGCCUCUUCUUUUCCGUCUUCUUCGCAGGAUCCGGCGCCGCUUCGCUUCGGCGUCUCUCUGCUCCUGUCUGUCGUUCUUCUCCUCACUUUCUUUCUGUGCAGCACGCUCCACCGUCUUCCAGGUUUUGGGGAGCAUCCCUUUCUUCCCCUUCCUCUCACCGAAGGUCCUCUCCAGUCUCUCGGCUCUGCGCUUCAGUUCCUGAAAGCGCACCUCGAACAGCCUCCUUUUUCCUCGCCGUUGUCGUUUUCCUCGCCGCCCUCAUCGCUCUCGGCAGGUGCCGGGGUGUCUGAGGCAGUGUACGUACACCUCACGGGAGGGGCUCGCCUUCUGGCCCAGUUUGUUGGGCCGGCCCUCUUUUCCAGUUUCAACACUUGGAUUUGGAGGCCGCUCGAAACGGCUCUCGUUCCGUUUGUUCACUUUCUCGACUCUGUCUUUGGUCUUUUCGCGUCUUCGCUUCCGGAUUUGUCCGUUUCGACUUCUUUCCUGUCGCUCUUUCGUCCUUCGCAGCCGCCACCUGCUGCGGUGCCUUUCUCCUCUUCUCUUUCUUCGGUUGCUUCGGCUCCUGGAGUUUUAUUCCCCUCGGCCUUCCUCCCUCUCGAGUCGCUUCUGUCGACGGUCACCGCCCGCCUUGCCUCGUGGGUCUCCGUUUUUCCUUCGAUCAUAUCCUCUCUCUCGCCUCAAACCCCCGCAAAUUCUGACUUCUCGUCACCGCCGGCUGGCCCGUCGCCCUUCCUCGCGUUUCCCUUCGUCUCUCCGCCUCGCCCUAGCUUCCUCAACGAGGCGCCUUUCACAGGCGACUCCUCCGAUUUCGCGCCUUCGCCGCUCCAGACGCUCUGUCUCCUCUUUGUUCUCUGGAUUCGACAAGUGUACGUUUUGACUGCCUCUCUCUGCUCCGCCCUUUUCGCGGAAGGCCUCCCGGCUCUCGCCGAUUCUCUGGCCGCCCUGCUGUCGUUUCUCUCGUCUUCUCUCGCCUUCGCUGCUCCGUCGCCUCUGAUUUUCUCCACGCUUUCGCGCUUCGCCCACGACGCCCUUGCCGCCUUCGCCGUCCACUUCUCGCUCUACUUGCUGCUUCGCGUUCCGCUUCUUUGCCUCGGCCUCUCCUCGCAGGGCAUUCGCGCCCUUGGCCGUCUUCUCGCGUCUUGCGUCCGCCGACUCUCUCUGCCUCUCGCUUCUCCCUGCGCUCUUCUCUCGCCACUGGGUGCUCUCGCUCGAAACCCCAAUCGCACACCUCUGUCCAAGUGGCGAGCGAUCGAGAGCAGGGAAGAAGAAGAGAGAGAAGGAGAAGAAAGAGGGGCGAAGACUCGACAGAGGGACAGCCAGCGAAGAAGCACUUCUCAGAUUGAGAGACACCGAGGAAGAAGCGCAGAUGCGAAGGCGCCAACGAGCAGACGAACAGAUCGGGCUACAGACACGAGUGCCCUGCCUCAGUCGGAUCUCCGAUGCUCUGCGCGAGGCGGCCGAGUCCACCGUGAGCGAAGAAGAUCUUCUUCUCUCCCAGUUCACAUCAACAUGGAUUUCCACAUUUCCUUCUCUUCGUAUCCGAAAGGAAACCACUUUCCUUCUUCUUCCGUUUCUUCUUCGAAUGUUCGGCGGUCGGUCGGCGGCAGCGCGGAAGAAAGGCCGCUCACGCCCAGGGGAGCGCGUCCCUGCUCGUCGCUAGCUGUCUCUACACUUCCAGAAAGAAAGGACGUGCAAGUGCGCGAUGGCGAGAGACGUUUCGGCUCCAUCUUCUCGCCUCGGAUUCUGUUUUCGUCGGGCUCUUCAGCGGCGGAAGUGUAUGUCGCUCUCAUCACCUGCUACUGCUUCCUCUUCCCAGACCGAAACUUUGUUCUGUUUUUCUGUGCCUCGCUUGAGCCGCUGCGGCUGCUUCUUCUGUCCCUUCACCUUCUCCUCUCCUCGACACGUGUCGAACUUGCACUCCUCCUGGACAGUCCGCCUCCCGUGGCGACCGUUCCCCUUCCUCCGCCCCUUCGCGUCAUCGAACCGGCCGCCCUCGGAGCAGCGACGGGCUCUCUCCUUUUCACGCUCCUCGUUCUUCGCUGGCAUUCGCCUUCUUCCGCCGACCCGGUUCAGGCUGCAGCAGAAGCCGUCGAGCGCGCCGCGCAGGUGGCCGAGAGACGCAGGCCGAGAAACUGGUCAGUCCUCGUUUCCCGUUCCUCGCCCGCUCCUGCGCGUUCUGCCCCGCCCUUCAGUCCGUCAUCUCCCCUGAACGGCGCGUCUCGCCGGUCGCCUCUCCCGCGCGUCGUCGAGUUCCUUUCCGGCAGCGUGGCCGACUCGGCGCACGUGUGUCGACACAGAAGGCGCCUUGAGUCUCGGCGAGACACGCAAAGGCAACGGCGCGCCUCGAGAGAAAUGCAAGGUUACCGCGGACGGACCGAGACCGACGAAUCCCUCGGAAACGGACAGAGGCGCCGCCUGACCGUCCACACAGCCCUGGAAGCUCCAGGAGAUCUUUCGUGUUCUUGUUCUCGCUCUGAUUCUGCUUCGGUGGCUCCGAGUCCAAUUUGCUCGUGUAGAGGUGAGGCGCAUGCAUCUACUCACCCUCGUCGCUCGUCACCGAGGCCCGACGAACGAGGAGAGGCGCCGCAUGCAGACGAAAGGGCUGAACAAAAGAGCCCGACUCCUUCUUCGUCGUCGGCCCCUCCUGGAUCGGACGCACAGGCACCUGAAAGCACUACCGCGGCGACCGAAAAGACAAUCCCCACUGCUGUCACACACACGCCUUCUUCCUCCUCCUCUUCUUCCUCUUCCUCUUCUUCCUCUUCCUCGUCUUCCUCUUCUGCUUCUUCGCUCCACCAUCCACCUUCUCAGGUGUUUGCGAGAGAGCCUCGCCUUCCCUCGACCAGUCCCGUGUUUUCGGAUCCAAAGGAAACCGUGUCCUAUCUGACGACGACGCGGCUGUCGUCCGCCGCGCCAGCGUCUGCAGACGACGGGCGCGUGAAAAUUCUGACAGCUGCUGAGGCAGUGCGCGUGAUCUCUGCGCUCCAGAAAUUGCCGUGCUCUCUGCACACCCUGACCUCGAUGCUCCACACGCUUCGGCUUCCCAUCGAUCUUCAUCUCGAAGAAAGGGAAAACACAGAAGAGAAGGGAGAGAAAGACGAGAAGGAAGAGAAAGACGAGAAGGAAGAGAAAGACGAGAAGGAAGAGAAAGACGAGAAGGGAGAGAAAGACGAGAAGGAAGAGAAGGACGAGAAGGGAGAGAAAGACGAGAAGGGAGAGAAAGACGAGAAGGAAGAGGAGGAAGCGAAAGGAGCGGAGGAGAAACGGCGAGGUGCCGUCGACCUUUCUGUCAGGAGAGAAGCGAAGGGAGACGGAGAGGGCGAGCCGCAAAGCGCUGCGUCUUUCUCCCAGGGAACCUCUCCUUUUUCGCCGCGGUCUCUCUCGUCUCGCGGAUUUGCCUUUUCGGCAGCUUCGCCAGUCUCUCACCCUUCCCCGUUUCCGUGUUUCCCUGCGACGCGCGACAGGCGUUCACAGCAGGCCGCGGCGCCGCGGCCUGCUGUGAACCUCGCGCAAGUCUUGCCUCUCAGUGCCAAGAGCUGGAAGUUCCCAGGCUCGCCUUUCGCCUUGCCUUCUUCGAGAGCCGCGCCGCAUGCGCUGUGCGGCCCCGACGAGCCUCUGGGUCUCCUCCAGUCGGUGCAAAAGUUGCAGCGGGCGCUGCCCGCAGACGCGGCGUGCUGCAAGCUCCGACUGAUGGAAGGCGAAAAAGACAGAAUGCGCGCCGUCGAGCAAAAGUUGCUGCCGAUCGUGCGCCUGCCUCGGCCGCACGCGCGGCUCCAAAUUCUUCACUGUGUCCUGACACUUCGCGAGAGAGAACGCGCCCUGUUGCACUUCCUGCGCCUGCUUCACUCCGCAUUUGUGGAGUGUCGGUCGAGCGCUGCCCUCUCCCGUUACGUUCACCACCUUCGUCUGCUUUACCUCCUUCAAACGAAGGCCGACGCGCCCCAGCUCCUCGCCUCUUCCUUUUCCUCUGAGGCAGCCGGCGCGGGGCCCGACUCCUGUGGGGACGAGCAGGACGGGAAGACGCCGGAGGCGCGAGAGGCUGAGCGCGCAGACAGACAGGAAGAAGAGACCCUGCGCGACAUUCUUCGCGCCUUGCACGAGAAGCAGGACACGCAGGCGCUCUCCCCACAGGCUCAAGUCGUCCUCGCGCAACUCAGCGCUACUCACCUCGCCCUCCUCCAGGUGGUCCAUCGAACGGCGAGCGAAGGCGACGGCGCCCCAGAGACCAGAACUGAGAAGAACGGAGAGAAAACAGAGACAGGAGAGAGGCGGGACAGACUCUUUGAGGCCUUUGCAAGUCAAUUGGCGCACGUUGAACUCGCUCUCGAUGAAUGCGGCUCCGGCGAGCCGUGCACUGCGGUGGCGAUCAGAGAGACUGUAGACAGCGUGGACGCCCACCUCGCGGGGUUCGCGGAAGAUCGGCGCUUCCUGUUUGUUGAACAUUUUCGCUAUCGAGAUGCGUACGCCCAGCCAUUCACUUCGUUCCGUUCCUCCACUCCGUUUGCUUCGCCUCCUUCCGAGCGAAGAAAAUCUGAGAAACCAGAGAAGAGAGUGGAGGACGAAGCAGAGCGCGAAAGGAAGCAAGAGACAGACGGGAACACUCCGAAUCAAAGAAACCCUGAGAGCGAGGCAGUCGCCAAUUUGGCAUUCUACUGUCAACUCGCUGAGGAAGCCUGGCGACGCCUGCAGGCGCACGCGGAUGCCGUGGCGGCGAGUGCACAGACGCUUCUCGAGAGCGAUUGGGCGAUGCCUUCUUCGCGCGCGUCCUGUCACCAGAAGAGAGACUGCCCAGAAGACAGGACCGCGGAAGCGGAGGUCGAGGGAGACAGCACUAGGUGGAAGCAUCUGGUGUGCGAGGCGCUGUUGCGCCUUCAAGAACUGCGAACCUACCUCGGAGGUGUUCGGGAAGCUUCAGUGUUCAUUCAAAACCACGCGCGCGAGCUGUCAGAAAUCUUUCCGACCUACACCUUCCUGCAGACUCUCGCUCCCAACUCGCCAGUCUCUGCUUGCGGCCUGUUCCCCCCCUUGCCCACGUCUCCCGCGUCUUCCUCUCUUGCCUCUGCUCCUUCUUCGGCUCUCUCUCGGACGGGAGACAGCGCUGCUCCAUUCGCUGCUCCUGGCGUGUCUUCUCUUUCCCUCUCUCAUUCCGCUGGCUCCGCGGCGAGUCGCGUACCCGAACGUUCCGCGCCUCUUCCCUGUGCGCCUGCCUCGAGUUCGCCUCUCUCCUCUCCCCUCUCCUCUUCGUGCGCACUUUCUCCCGUAGACGUACAGCGAAACUGGCCAACCGGAACUGCGCGUGACGCAGGCGCAGAGCGCGAGAGAGAUCAACCGCGCACGUGGGCGUCCGUCGUAUCUGGCCGGGUGUCUGUACACCCGAGUGAAGGCGCUCCGAGCCGAGAAGAAGAAUCCGAGAAAGAAGACGUGAUUGCUUCCUCUGCUUCAUUCCCGCCUAUCGGGCGAGGGAUGCACGAGGUGACAAAGACAUUGAGCGAGAGGGGGACGAGAGACGAGGCGGUCAUGGCAGACGAGAAGCCAAGAGUGGAAGAAGAGAAGGGAGAAGAACAAGAAGAACAGGGUGUAGAUUGGGAAAAGAGUGUGCGCGCGGGAUCUCUGCUUCCAGUGUCCACAACAGCGGGAGCACAAGCUGAAGAAGACAAAAUCGAGCACUUCCCUUCCUUUCCUCCGCCGUCUUCGUCGUGUGCGUCGUCUUCUCGUGAUGACCUGUGCUCGCCCCACACGGCAGGUCUGGAGCCGUCAGAGACAGGAGACGCCUGUAUCCCUCUUCCUGGAGAGCUCGAGAGGACCGCCAAAGAGGAGUCAGCGAGAAAAGCGUCGAAAGAGCACGAACCGGGGACCGACAGAGUGCUCGAGGCUGAGCACAGCUUAGAACACGAGGGCGACCCGGACAUGGAAGAGGACAGAGGCGAGGGGAGAUUGGCGACUUUUCUGGGUAGCGAUGCCAUGUGUCGUCGUACCCCUUCUGUUUCGCGUUCGGAUUUCUUGGCGGGUUCGGCGCGCGAUUUUCCGCUGUCAGUGUCGGCGCAAGCCGGUUUCGGAGUCUCUGCCGUUGAAGGAGAGAAGAGCAUCAGCUCCCCUCUCUCGCCUGCUUCUCCCCCUUUAACAGGUCUAACUUCUCUUGCUGCGUCCUUCACCUUGUCGCCAUGCCAAUCGGAGCCUCUAUCCAGAGUGCUGAAUGCCACCGAACCUCAGUCCAAGAAUCCAUCUCCGUCCAGUUCCCUGCAAACAUCCUCCCUUGGUCUCCCUGUCCCCGCUCCCUCUUCCUCGUCUCCCUUCGCCUGUGCUAUAAAAGCGCCCUCUUCUUCCCCGUCUCAUUUCGCUUCCUCUUCUUUCUCCUCUUCCUCUUCUUCCCCUUCUCAUUUCGCUUCCUCUUCUUUCUCCUCUUCCUCUUCUUCCCCUUCUCAUUUCGCUUCCUCUUCUUUCUCCUCUUCCUCUUCUUCCCCUUCUCACUUCGCUUCCUCUUCUUCCUCCUCUUCCUCUUCUUCCUUCUCUUCCUCUUGUUCUCUCUGGGCUCGCGAGCCUGUCGUUUGCGAGAGACGGGCGUUUGCUCCAGAGGCAGAGACGGUGCAAGAAAGCGAGGGGCUCUGCUCUGUUGUCCAGGAGCAAGACUUCCGCGAUGACCUUCGCCGCCUCUCUUCCCUGCAGCUCGAGGCGGAGUGGAUCGACGUAGGCUCCGCUUUCGAGGUGCCAGGCGGCGCUCGGGAAGACGGCGAAGGGGAAAAACUCGAAGCGAAGGAGAAGGCGCGAGGCUUUUCCGUCACAGAAAAUCUGCGACAAUCUUUGGUGCGCCUUCAGGAAACGUUGGCAAGUCUCCCCAGACAAUCUCCAGGCAGAUCCGAUUCUCCCUUCUCGUCUUCUCAGCCGUGCGUCUCUUCUUCCAGCUCUCCUUCGAACUCUCCGUUGUCCGCCUCUCUCCCUGGGUCAUCCCCAACUUCUCUUCCUUCCUCUUCUCUUCCCUCUUCUUCCUCUUCUCUUCCUCCUUCCUCUUCUUCUCUUCCUCCUUCCUCUUCUUCUCUUCCUCCUUCCUCUUCUUCUCUUCCUCCUUCCUCUUCUUCUCUUCCUCCUUCCUCUUCUUCUCUUCCUUCUUCCUCUUCUUCUCUUCCCUCUUCUUCCUCUUCUUCUCUUCCUCCUUCCUCUUCUUCUCUUCCUCCUUCCUCUUCUUCUCUCCCUGGCGGUGGCAUCACAGGUCGGCUGCGCGUUCGCGUGGUUCGUUGUCUCGAGGGCGUCGAGGGCGCCCGCCAGGCCGACUUGGAAGCGAGACAGAGGGAAGAUGAUAGAGGAGAAGAGAAGGGAGACGAGAGAGAAGAAGACAGAGGAGACGAGAGAGAUGAAAGGAACAUCGAGACGCCAAGUAGAGAAGACGCGGAAAGCUUGGACAGCCCGGAGACAGUCGGAGUGCCGAGUCUGACCGACAGCAGUCGAGAUUCCCCGCUUUUGCGCGUCUCUGUCGAAGAAGCGCGAGGAACGCAUGACCCGAAUCGAAAGGCUGAAACUGAGGAAGAGGAGAGAUGUGGGGAGGGAGGUUUUGCUUCUCUGGCAACCAUCGCUCUGCCUCCCGGAGGGCGAGGGCUGAAACAUAGACCAGAAGAACUUGAGCUGGAGAUGGACGCAUGGGGCGAAGGCGGAGACGAGGAAGACUGUAGGGGCGAGCCGAGAGCGCAGAGCAUUUCCCCCCCUGUCGAGUCUCUGCCUACUUCCCCCGUGUUGUCCUCAGCAGAGACGUCUUCUCUUCAGGCCACGGAGAGACGCGUUCCGUGCCGAGCGCCCUCUUCGCUUCUCGCCGCCCCGACGCGUCCAACAUCCCCUUCAAAAAGGCCUGAAAACGCGCUCCCCGGCAGGCCUCUCGUCGUGCGGGGACAAACCGCUGCCACUCUGAGCUCGACCGUCUCUUCGUCUUUGCCUGCUUCCCGUUCGCGUGACUCCGCAUGGGCUUAUCGAGGGUGUUCGUCGGGCGCCUCGUGUUCUCUUCUCGUGCCUUCGAGAGCUCCUGCGAGGCAGCCCGAGAAGCGGCGGUGGAGCGUCUCUUCGGCGAAUCCGUCUCUCGUGUUUUCGGCCUCGUCGCUGACAAACUCGCACCGGCAACUCGUGCGAGAGACGCAGCCCUGUCCAGGCGCUGCUUCGUCGCGGUGUCCAAAGACGCGUUCGUUCUCAGACGCGCAUGCGCUGCGACGCCCGAGCCUCUCCGCCUCUUCUGGUUCUCACCUCUCUGCGCCUAGCCCGCCGAUGAGUCCUUCGCAGGAAAAGGCGAUGCUCGGAGAGGAGACGCGCGAGGCGUCACUCUCGGCUUCUGGGAAAGUGCCUGGAGGGGGGGUUGUCCCUCUGUCUCAGGGCCCUCUUCCCUCGCGGUCUCUCUCUCUUGCGUUCUCUUCUUUCUCGACGCAUCGAAGAAGUGGGGACGCCAAACCCGGAGCCGCCUUGGCGAUGAAGGCCUGUCGGCCGCCAGGGGCCGAGGCGGCGGAGCACAAGCCGGAGAUGCGGGCCCCGAAAGGAGACACUGUCCUGCGGCGACGGGACAGUGCAGGACGGCUGACGCACCACCUCGUCGGCGUUGGACUCGCGGAGGGCGAAGGACGAGAAAGAGGGAAGGAAGAGGCACGCAGAUGUGGCCAGGCGAAGGAGGGGAACAAGUGUGCAAGAUCGAACAGCGGCGGUUUCGCUGCUGCAGAGACGAGAAGAAACGAACUGGGAGCGGGAGGUUCCCCCGCCGGCGGAGAAGAAGCGAGGGCCGGGAGACAGGGUGCACAUCUCGUGUUUGUCAAGAGCGGACGCGCGACUCCAUCGGACGAGGGAGACACGAGAGCCAUCAAAGCAGAGCAACUGCACGCGCAGGCGCCUCUUCCACACGCCGCCUCGAGCCUUCUUGCCCCGAGAGCGGGGCAGAAACUCGCGAGGGGACGCAUUAGUCUGGUCUUUCCCUUUCAGGAGAGAGAAGAGAGACGCGAAGCGGCACAGAACGGCAAAGGCAAACCCGAGAAGAAAGUGUCGAGGGAGUGGGAAACUGCAUCCAAGCAGAAGGAGACCGGGACGAGGAAAGGAGCUGAGAAGACGGGAAAGAAGGCAGCGGAGACGGUCGACGCAGGAAGACGGAAGGACCGGAGAGACCAACGCGAAGACGCUGACGGGGGCAAGCAGACGGGCAACACACCUGGCGUUUUGGUGUCUUCCAAGGAGCAGAAAGGCAUGCGAAAGGCAAGCGGAGCGCAGCCGCGAGGCGAUCGAAAGGCCGAAGACGAGGCCAAAGUGAAGAGCGUCUCCAAUACAGCGGAUGCCGAAGGGAACAGGACGCAAGACGUGAACGAGGAAACCGACGAGGUAGUCGGAAAGGCAACAGAAGACGACAAAGAGACGGGAAGACAGCGUAGUUCGGAGGAAACCUGGCGAGUUAGAGAAAUGCCACGUGCGUCGUCCACCGCGACUGCGCUCCACGCAACAUCGCCCGGUGCGGUCCGCGGUGUACAUACACCCGAGCGUCCAGGUGUACAUACAUUUGAGAGGGACGCAGUUGGAUUUCUCCCGUUUCUUUCGCGGCCAAUGUUUUCGCCGGGAUCCCCGGCGACCUCUAACCUGAACCCGUCAGCCAGUGCGUCGUCUCCGCCUCCUUUCUGCGCGCAACCCUCGUCGUCGCCUUUCUGUGGUGGGAAGCCGUCGUCGCCCCGUCGCCUUUCCCCUUCCCGAGUGCUCCACACGUUCUCGCCUUUCGCCUCUUCGCUGUUCGGUUCCUUCCUUGCCUCGCGCUCGCGACUGUUCGAAGAGCGAGACGACGCAGCCGCGGAAUCGAAAGACAGAGGGGAAGAAGAUAUCCAGCGAGUCAGCACAACUGCGUGCGGAGAACCGCCCCUCGUUCCCGAAGUCCAGUGCUUUCGACUGCCCGACGACCAGGAGAGAGACGAUAGAGAAGACUGCUCUGUCCUCUCCUCCCCCAAGUUUCUUCACAGUGAAGAUGACGAAGAGCGACGAGAGGGAACCAGCGAGGCGGGGAAGUUGAACGUUUCCGCCGCGUCUUUUUCAGGGUUCUCAGACGCAUCUCUCCACAACGAACAAGGCCUCAUCACAGAGAGAGACGAGGGUCCAGGCGGCUAUGACUUCUAG